AUGUUAAAACGAUUACUUUUCAGUUCUUUUGGUGUUCCGUCGGGAUCGAUCAUUGACACCUACACUGCCAAUCCGACAUAUCCCAAGAAUUUCGUUCAACUGGGGGCUCAUAUUAAACUUAUCAAGCACGUUAAUGAGCGAAUAGAAGAGGAGAAGACGGAUCAGUAUAGGACUGUGUGGAUCUCCAUUGCGGAGGAAAAGCAGUGGAAGGCACAGGAGGAAGACAAUUACUUAUUGCACAUUGCUGAAAGACUGUCAUGCUACACAGCUAGACCACACCCAGAAUGCAUCAAAAACAUCAAGAAAACAUACCAAUUAGACAACAAGAAGGAGUUUUUGUCGUUGGUGGAGAUGGACGAAAGUGGCAAUGAUGAAAAAUCCGAUCCUGCCAUCACAAUUGUCAAGGAAAGAAUGAAGCGGUUUGGCUUCAAACCCUGA